UGAACUUACUCUUCUGACCUUGUAUACAAUAAUAUUUUGUCACGGGAAAUUUUUUCAGUGAUGCCUAUAAAGUAAUAGCUUGGUACAACUGUGAAUUUGUGGAGAUAUUUAUUUGUAGCAUAAAAUUUAAACUAAAAAUCAAAAUGCCCACGGAAGAAGAUUUUAAAACAUUAGCAAAUACAGUUUGUGCGCCAAUUGAAACUCCGUCAGUGGAAGGAAAAAUUCAUAUUCAGAGCUCAACAACAUUCAAACCCUUGUCAGGGAGGAAGAUUAUCGUUAUUAAAAGGAACCCAAAUCUGAUGACAAAAAUGGAUAGUGAAGCAAUUGUUUCAGUCCAAAACAGUGCGGGCCAGGUGGUCUCGGCGGAGCGGGACCGGGACGGGCCGCAGGGGGACAGCAAGCGGGCCAGGGUGGAGGAGCUGGAGGACGGCCCGGGCCGGCAGCGCAGCGGCAAGGCCAAGCCCUUCCGGCCCGAGUGGCUCAAGAUGGACAUCUUCAAGGACUGGCUGGCCCCGGACCCGGACAACCCCUGCAAGGCGCGCUGCGUGGCGUGCGGCACGGUGCUGAACGCGGGCAAGAGCGAGCUGGAGAAGCACGCCGUCGGGGCCAAGCACACCAACAACCUGGACGUGCUGAAGCAGUCGCUGGUCAUGCAGCAGAUGUACAGCAGCACGGGCGCCGCGGAUGAAGAGGAUGCUGAUUAUGAUGAUGAUGAUGACGAUGAAGACUAUGAUGAAUAUUUGAGUGAAAACACGGGUGGGGGCGAGUCCACGAAUGUGGGCAAUGGAGCACAGUCGCAGCUUUUUGCUGGUUACGCAGUACAGAAGAAAUUGGAUGCAUUUUCAAGGAUAGCAGACUCUAUUGACAAUCUGACGUCGAUUGUAUCAUCCGGUUUUGACCGAUUGGCGGAGAGCAAUUUCACCCUUGCAAAAACAUUGUCAGAGAUGAUGAAAAAGUAGCUUCACCAUGGAGUUUUGUGUGGUUGUACAGACAUUUAUGUGCACAUGCAUCAUGUUUACAUUGUUUUUUUUUUAAAUCUUUUUUGUUGCUAAUAAAAUAUUAAAAUUUUAA